AUGCAGUUUCACUCAGAGUGAGCCCUGACACAUCAGAAAGAAAGUUCAUAGUUUACUCUGCUAGUUGUCCCAUGGGUUUAAGAAUAUUAGAGCAAUCUUAGUACAGCUCAUCCUGAACAGUACAAUGCUUCCUCAUUCCUGUCAAUGGCAGUUUAAGUAAACUCUUGUGCAAUCCUGUCAUCAAGUGUAGCCAAGCAUAACCAAUAUAAAUAAACAAAUGAAUAAAUAACGAAAUUAAACAUUUCCGUUUCUCAUCAUUUAUUAGUAAUUAUAUCAUUUAGCUCAAUUUCCUGUUUGGUUCACAGUGGAAGUGUGUUUGUGGGUUCAAAAAUUUGUGUCUGCAAAGGGCAGGCCAACAGAUGGGGGGCAAUCCCCGUCUUUCAGGGCUGUUCUCAUGGCAUUUGUAUUGGCAUCACUAUUGAGAUAUCUGACUAAUUCAGUUACACAGACUCAGAAGUACGUUUUUAGUAUAUUACACACAGGUGGAUUUUUUUGACAUCCUUUUCACAGAAUUUAGUUUAAAUACUGAUAAAGGAAACAUUAUAGGAAUUUUGUUUCAAAAGUACCUCAAAAAAGAGAAGAGAAUUCAUAAAAGCCUUUGGAAAUUUGAGGAAAUUCAGAUAUGAGAAGGCUUGAUGACUUGCGUGAGUAUGCUUGUACCUGCAUUUCUCAGGAUUUGACAUCAGUGGCAGCAGUGAGCUGGUAUUCUGGGGGCUUUCCUCUGUUUUUUUCACUGCAUUACUUCCUGGAAGUAACGCAAGCGAGUCAGCCAGACAGAAGGAGGGAGGCAGAGUAAAAAAAUCCGGUGCUCAUAUCCUUGUUCUGACACGGAAAGUGAAACGGACUUUCUUUGAUAUGGAGUUCUUUUUAUAAAUCUGAGAGCCUCUUUCUCUGCAAAUAUUUGUUUGUCGGGUAGGGUACGUGUACGUAUACGCCGUCUUGUGUGUAAGUCACAGCAGUAAUACUAGGAUGGAUGAUACACAGUAUCCCAUGAAGUAUGUGAGCAACACUGAGUUUAUGAUAAAUGAACUUCAAUAUAUGCACGAACCUUUUGAGGUGAAACCUGAACCCUUUGUGCCAGAGACAGUUCAUGGGCCUUACCUACAGAUAAUUGAGGAACCAAAGCAGAGAGGAUUCAGAUUUCGCUAUGAAUGUGAGGGCCCAUCCCAUGGUGGUCUGCCAGGGGCCUCCAGUGAGAGGAACAGAAGAACGUAUCCCACAGUCAAGGUGUCAAACUACUUGGGUCAAGCUCGCGUAGAGGUUCAGCUAGUGACACACACAGACCCCCCUCGUGUUCACGCGCACAGCCUUGUGGGUCGUCACUGCAAUGACAAUGGGAUAUGCACCAUUGAUGUCGGGCCUAAUGAUCUCACAGCACAAUUCAGUAAUUUAGGCAUCCUCCAUGUCACUAAGAGAGGAGUGGUUGAAGUAUUAACGAAAAGGCUGAGAGAAGAGAAGCGGAGGAUUAAAGAGCCUGGAUAUAAACUUACUGAUACAGAAGAACAGGCUAUUUUGCAUGAGGCCAAAGAACUGGGCAAAAGCAUGGACCUAAACAUUGUGAGAUUAAAGUUCACUGCUUACUUGCAAGACAGCAAUGGGAGUUUCACAAGAGCCUUGAAUCCAGUUGUCUCCAACCCUAUCUAUGAUAGUAAAUCACCAAAUGCUUCGAAUCUGAAGAUCUCCCGCAUGGAUAAAACCUCUGGAUCAGUGCUGGGAGGAGAAGAGAUCUUUCUGCUCUGUGAUAAAGUUCAAAAAGACGAUAUUGACAUUCGUUUUUAUGAGGAGGAAGAUGAUGGAGGAUGGGAGGCAUUUGGAGACUUCUCCCCUACUGAUGUCCACAAACAGUAUGCAAUCGUGUUCAAGACCCCACCGUACCGCUGUGCAGAUAUCACACGUCCUGUCACAGUCUUCCUGCAGCUCAGGAGGAAGAAGGGAGGUGACUGCAGUGAACCCAAGCAGUUCACGUACAUUCCUCACAAUCAAGACAAAGAAGAGGUACAGAGGAAGAGGAUGAAGGCACUUCCUCAGCCCUAUGAUCACUGGCGGGGAGGACCUCAAGGAGGAGCAGGGGCCUUCGGAGGUCCUGGAUCUGGAGCAGGAGGAGGUGGAAUUGGAGGAGGUUUUCAAUUUAAUCAUAUGAUGGAUGGUUCAGGGUUUUUCACUGGUGGAUGUGGUGGAUUUAGCGGCGGGGCGCAGAUGUCAGGCUCCUCCCCAAAGGCUGAUGGAUCUGAGAAUCAGCCGACAAACACACAGACUCAGUCUGGCUCUCAGAUGCAACAGCAGCUCUUUCAGAUCGCCACAAGUCUGCAGAAUCGUGCCAGUUUGAUGGCAAAGUACUCGGCUAGUGCUUUGUUACAGUACUGCAGCACAGGGGAUGUGCGCCCUCUGCUGGUCCUGCAAAGACAUCUGUGUGGCGUGCAAGAUGAGAACGGAGACACGCCUCUGCACUUGGCCAUUAUCCAUCAGCAACCUGUUGUGGUGCAACAGCUUAUUCAGGCCCUGAGCAACACCCCACAGCAGAAGUUUAUCAACAAACUCAACAAGCUCAAUCAGGCUCCAUUGCAUCUGGCUGUGAUCACAAAGCAGCCCAGGUUAGUUGAGAUGCUGAUGAAAACGGGGGCAGACCCGAGCCUGCUGGACCGAGAAGGCCGGACAGCGCUUCACUUGGCCGCUCACAUCGGCGAUGAGACCAUACUACGAUUGAUCCUGGGCCUGCUGGGAGAGCGCUAUGCCCAUUUAAUAAACUCUGCUGACUUCUCUGGUCAAUAUCCAGUUCAUCUCGCAGUAAAGAAAGAUGGAGAGCACUGUCUUCAAUUGUUGGAGGAGGCAGGAGCCAAGAUUAACAUGCCAGAGCAGAAAAGUGGCUGCACAGCACUACACCUGGCAGUGAGGGACAACCUUUUAAAACUGGCCUGUUAUCUCAUUACCGAGCUGAAGGCUGAUGUGAAUGCGUGUACAUAUGGGGGCAACAGUCCUCUUCACUUUGCUGCCAGUCAGGGCUCCCCACAUCUCUGCUCCAUGCUGAUAGCUGCAGGUGCUGAUAAACGCAUGGAGAAUGACGAGCCUCUUUUCUUCCAGAGCUCGUCGUCAUCGGAUGAAGAUGACGAGAGCGUGAAGAAUGAAGUCGACAGGCAGCUUCCAGAUCACAUGGUUCAGCAAGUUCACUGCAUGUCGAUAUCAUCUGAAAGAGGAACAUUUAACCCACGCAAGAGACCUGCUGUGGGACACACACCGUUUGACCUGGCCAAAUGCCAAAAGGUUAGAGAUCUUUUAGAUGGCAGGAAAGGCCCCAAGCCCAGUUCAUUCGCCCACAAGAGAACCAAAAUCAGCACUGAGGAAGCCAACCAGGGUUUGGACAGUGAGGUCCUCACGAAACUGUGCAGUAUUCUCAUUGAAGACCACGUACCCUGGAGAGAGCUGGCGGAAAAACUGGGCAUGCUCACACUCUCUCACCUUUACCAGGAUAGUGCCUCACCCUGCCAGAAGCUUCUCGAGAACUACCAGUUGAGUGGUGGUCCUGUGGACGGCCUGGUGGAGGCGCUGCAGUCUCUGGGUGUGAGUGAAGGAGUGAGACUGCUGAAAGACAGCCAACCCAGAGAGGACAAGCAGAGCACAGAUUCUAAAGCGGACAGUGGCUUUGGGAGUCAGUCCAUUGGAGAGGAGAUGGGAAACCCUGCAGUGGCCAAUCACUGAUUAUCAGGAUCUAUUCUUUGUGGACAACUUGGCACUUUAUUUGACUGGUUUUUUAGGUGCAAACUGGUGGAUUGUUCAUCUCAAUAAAGUGGAAAUACAGCACAUCACAGGAGGAAAUGAAAGGAUUGUUUUGAGGUCCAAAGCCCUUGCUGGUAUUAUAUAAAAGCAAGACAAAAUGACUGAAAUCAGUUACUUUUAGAUACUCAAAUCUCCAUUGAAGCUGGAGUGAAGCUGUGGUCUUAGUGCAGACAAUUCAGUACUUAUAUCUAAACAACAACAAGAUUUUACAGUAAUUUAACUGUAACGCAGCUGUCAUUUCACAAGUACAGCUGUAAUCAUGGAAUAUUACUUCAGAAUCCUCUGAAAUGAAUGUUUGUAGUAAGCUCUGGUUUGAUAUAUAUGCAAUCACUCUGGUUCAUUUUCAGAUAAGUCUAGAGACAUCGAUCCAAUACUGUUUAUUUAUGUGUAUUUUGGUUGCAGAUAUAUGCUUGUUCAGAGUUUGAGUAAAUAUGUUUGUGUUUGAAUAAAGUUAUUUCAUUGUU